AUGGUCUUCCAGCUACAACAGCCCAACAUGAGUACUGCCUCCGUCUUCUAUGAAAGCGACACCAACACCCCUCGUCACCUCACACCGGCUUUGGUGGCAAGAUUCAAGCCAGCUUCCAAACCGCUCGCCCUCCCCCCCAAAUCUUCAUUACGACUGGCCCCCAAACUACUUCUCCAAAUCCAACAACUCGCCCCAAAUCACCGCCCACAACCAGUCUUCGGAGUCUGGCAACCUCCUUUUCUAAAGUCCAAACUGACUCGCGACUUUGUCCAUCGGCCAAAACUACGCACCGGCGAUGUCUAUGCAACCCUCGACGAACCUUUCAUCAUCAACUCCCACCUCCGCAAACAAUCCACCAAAUCCGACGACCCAGAGCACACCCCAACACGAGAUAUCACUGCAGCAAUGUGCCAAUCAACAAAUCCAGAUACCCCUUCUUCUUCAUCAAUCUACUUCCGCGACGCACAGUGCAGCUGGUCUGCCCGCGCCAGCAUGGCAGGACCAAACCACGAUAUCCCCAGCUACCGAUUUACUCUCCAAGAUGAGAAGUCUUCAGAAUCAGAUUCGCAAAUCGGUCGAAUUAUCCUACAAUGGGAAAAGCGAGAACUACCUAAGAAUUCAAAUCAAAAGCAAAAUCAAGGCGAAUCCCAGAAUACCGACCAGUUUGUCCUCAUGCUCAUCGAUCGCCAGGCGCGACGGAAGAGUCGCAUUGCCACGAUGACCCCUGGUGGAUUAGAGGUGUUUGUGCGAAAGAGUUCAAUCCUUGAAUCACUUCGAGUAUGUUUCAAUCUCACGAGUCCGUCUGCAACGGUCACUAGUGGGCGCGACCCGCAUGAGGUUUUGGAGUCGUGGUUAUACACUCACGUUCUUACUUUGGGGGUGUGGGUUGCGUCUCAGGAGGGAUGGCUCGGUUGA